AUGUGUUCGGUCAAAUCGUUUCACGGCGUGAAAAACUUGAGGACUUCUCUGUUUAUUAUAGUGCUUUUCUCUUUGAAGCUAUGUAGUCCUCAGGACUUGAAUGACGAUUUGGCUAUCGAGGAAAAUGUAGACCCCAUAACAGAGACAAGUGUGGCGAAAGGGGAAAAUAGUCUCAAAACUCUGAAAAGAAUUGCUACGGAUAGCCCAUGUAGACUAAGUGAAUUGCUCUGUGACACGGGACAGUGUAUAUCAUUAGAUAAAUACUGUAACGGAGAAGAUGACUGCGGCGAUAAAAGCGACGAACCUAAAGCCUGCUCACCCUGCAACAGAACAUACAUGGGUGAUGUAGGACGUACAUACGAGCUAGAAGUUCGCAGACCACGCGAAGACCAUCUACCGUUCGUGUGCAACCUCAACUUCACUGCGACGGGCGGAAACUACGGCGAUAUUAUACAACUGACGUUCGACACAUUCACCGUAGGAAAAUUUGUAUCCUUCACAUCGGAUGGAUGUCCGGACGGCCACAUGACUAUUGUGGAGCGCAGCCCUUCCCCGCCCACGGGACAAUGGUGCGGUUCCGCUUGGGGCUACACCGUAUAUUUUAGCGAAUCCGAUUCUAUAAAUAUGACGUUACGGUUGGACAGACUGAGCCAGCAGGGUGUCGGAUACAAUUUCGACUUCAAGUUGGCUUACAAGUUCCUGAGGCGUAGCGAGGCGCGGUUGCGAUACGGGAAUGCGACCGUGGGGGCCUGGCGGGGCGAGCGGGUCCCGGGCACUUACUGCGACCGCAUUCUGAGCGACUGCGAUCUGAGAGCGUGCCGCAUCCAGUCUCCAAACUUCCCCGGCGUAUAUCCCCGAAACGCAACUUGCACAUACCGCAUCGAACACACUAAGAUCCCUGCCGACAAACACGUUCUACUCGCUGUGAGACAAACAAACAGCCACAAGAUACAUAUCAAAGACCAAAUUGUAAAGUACGACAGAAGCCAACGUGUUCUCAAGAUUUGGGAUCAAUGCAAUGUGGUCCAGGAUUAUUUGACGGUUUGGGAUGGACCAACUCGUGAAUCUCCCGUCUUGGUACGCCUAUGCGGGGGCGAUGCUGUCCCGGACAUCGUGAGCAGAGGGCCGAACAUGUUGCUUGAAUUUCAUACAUCACCAUACGAUAACCCCUUUCACCCGGUGCCUUUGAGCUAUUUGCCAGGAUUCGAACUAGAAGUACAGGUCCUAUACGUGGAUAAAGAUUCGCACUCGUACGUGCGUGCCGACGGUCGAUGUCGGUUUAUUGUCCGCUCAUCCGACAAAACAAGUGGAGUAUUGAGAAACCCUCGGCACUCGCUGCCUCCGAAUACCUCCUGUGUUUACUUCUUUCAGGGCCGUCCCAACGAAAUUGUGUGGGUGUCAUUUGUGAAAUAUCACGCGGCCGGGACUGAUCCGGCGGGUUUUGAUCAGCAAAAAGACUGCUCGUCCCAGCUCACCGUUUGGGACGGAGCGGCGCCUGACGCUGACCUCGAUAGGAAGUUAGAUAUGAGCGAUAAAAAACUAUUACUGGGUUCGUUCUGCCGCGAAGAAUCGCCCCGACUAUGUGACCACGCACUUCUAUCGAACGCAACAAGGGCCACCCGCCCCUGCGCACCAAGUGAGAGUUACAUAACCACAGGACCAGCGCUCACCAUAUUACAGGAACUACGACAAGGCUCGGCUUUAUAUCCAGUAUCCUUCUUUCUUCGAUAUGAAUUCGUUGACGUAAGUGAACAAGGGCAACCCUUGACAGACUCUCGAUCGGCUUGCGACAGGGUUUUUAAGUCCGCUCAAACCUAUUCAGGAAGAUUCCAAGCCCCCCGGGCUAUAUUUUAUUACGGUAGAGGAGGUGCCCAAAAUCUUACAUGUAUUUUAAGAUUUGAAGCCAAGCAUGGCGAAAGAGUGCAGUUGACAUUUACCAAUACGUACUUUGGUAAUAAGUACUGUAACACUUACAAAGACAGUAGGACCAGUCGUUGGGUGUGCGAUAAACCAAUAAAGAGGAUGAGUGGGGGCGAGGGGUACGCUCAAAUUAUUAUUACUGAGUAUCCUUGGGAGGGAGUAUCUAUACAAAGAGACUGCCUUUGCACCAAUCGAUCGGAACCGUUAAAUAUUCAUACAUUAACCGCUCCGGUCGUCGAAGUGAACUUUACUGUGACUAUGAUGAAUAUCACAGAAGAUUACGAUGAUUUUGCAUUCGAUGGUGAGUUCAAAUUCGUUCCAACUGGGUCCAGUGAUGAUGCUGUAUGCUCGUCGGGGUGGGGUGAUAGACGCUUACGGGGAAGCAGUGGUGAAAUAAGAUUGUACGACAAGAGACAAACGCCCAUAUCGUCCGAAAUUAUCAGUGAUCGAAAUGUGAUAUCAGAAAGUGUAAGGGCAGAAGUCGUUUGUGUUCACAGGCCGUGGCUUAUAGAACCCGGGGGUGACGAAGUAACACCAUUACAAGGAAGAUAUUUGUACAUGAAACUACCAGGAUUCGAAAUAACAUCAACUUCAACGUUUUGUCCCACCCUGAACAGAUUAUUUAUAUAUGAAGCCCACGACACAUCAAAACCACGAGAAGUGUGUCCGGCCGAAAAUGAGUCUAUGGAGUUAUUUUCUCCCGGCUGGAGAACGGUACAGGCAACGUUAGAAUCCUCGAUUAAGCCACAUGCCCGGAGUUAUGUAAUCGAUUUUCUACAACACGAGCCGGCUGAUUACUCGGUAAAGUGGAUAGAAGUUAUGAAAAAGUCCACGAUUGAAAAUGAAGCUGACUCGGACUUUUUCCAAACUCCAGUUUCUCUUGAAUGCCGAUAUAAAUGUCCUGAAUUGAAUGCUUGUAUACCAUUCGCAUUGUGGUGCGAUGGGAACGCCCAUUGUCCAUCAGGUUAUGACGAAGAGGAUUCCAACUGUUCGUUUAGAAUAUCACUGCCACCCCCAUACGUUGCUGCUGCAGCAGGAGUCGGCUUGCUUCUGUGUCCAAUAGCAGUUGCGAUAUGCACAUGUAGACGGCGCCGGAGAAAAGAAAAGAAAUUCAAAGCCAGACUUGACGGUGCUUCGCCACCCGAGGAAAGAUCGUAUGAUCAUGUAAAAAGCAAUGGUAUUUCUGAAACAGCGCCACAGUACGCUACAGUGCAAAAGUACGCCACUUUGGAUAAGUAUAGUUUAAGCCAAAAAUAUAGUGCUGGGUUGAACGACGCGCGGUACUAUGAUGAAGUAUCGCAAAGAGACAAACUUGCCGAUACAAGGUAUGCUAGCUUAGGACGUGGAGGUCGAUGCGCUCGAUCUGAAAACAUUAGGGGUAAUGGUUCCAGAAGAGAUGAUCACGAUAUCGGAUAUCCAGAUUUAAAGGAUGGUUUCUGU